GGAAUGUCGCUGGCGAUGCUCAUUAUUACUACUCACCUUGAGUGCUAACCGGUUGAGUCACGAGGGGAUAACACAAACGAUGAGGUCUAUCAGUUUCAUUUUGUUACUCGUAGUAGUCGCUAUGGCGAGCGGCAACGGACCGCAGUACGAUUUGAACGACGCUCCCGCGUUGUUCGAAAAAUUCAUAAAAGACUAUAACAGGAACUAUAAAGAUGAGGCUGAUAAGGCUGUCCACUAUGAGGCGUUUGUGAAAACUCUGAAAAAAGUAAACGAAGCGAAUGCGAAGCAGUCAUCUGCGACGUUUGACAUAAACAAGUUUGCGGACUACACUCCGGAGGAAUCGAAAAAUCUCUUCGGACUUAAGAGAGAUUAAAAGGAUGGGUGAAGAAGAGAAGAGUAGAAGAUUGAAAUAACGUUUAUUUAGGCCUAGUAAUGUAUAUAUAUCCUGACCAAAAAUAUAUCCUUAAUUUUUAAUGAUAUUUGAAUUGAAAUAAAUUUUAAUAUAACA